CCUGGGGACGAAUUUGUGAUGCGCGUACGCAUCAUCAUACGAUGUCACGCAACACAAGUUAUUAAAUAUAACUUUCGUACAUUAUUCAGUUCAAACUUCGUGCGGCAACCUGCAAGUGAAACAACGACUUGAAUAUGGCCAUAAAGGAAGCAACUAUCGUCCUGUUCUACCUCGUGGCGUUUCAUUUUUCUUCGGUGGUUGGAACACACAUUCAUUUUAGCAAGUGUCCCGAAGAAACACAAUCGUAUGGAACUGUCGUUUCCGUAGACAUCACACCAUGUCCGAGUGAUCCAUGUGUUUUCAAGAAAGGAAGCGUUGUCAAUGGUACAGUGACAUUCAAAUCCCAGGAGCAAAUAACAAAUGCUAGUCUAAUUAAGGUGUACGGAAAGCUCCCUAGUCUACCUUGGUUGCCUUUCCCGCUGGAUCAACCAAAAGCAUGCACUGGCCAUGGACUUGAGUGCCCGCUGGAGCCCAAUGUCGAAUACAAAGCGGUCAUUUCGCUCGAGAUAAAGAGCAUGUACCCAAGCACUCAACUGAUAGCGAAAAUGGAAAUGCUAGACCAGAAUGGCAAGUACGUGUUUUGUUUUGAGUUCCCGGCAAAGAUUGAAAGCAGUUCUGAAGAAAUGGUAA